AUGCUUGAAGAUCGCGUCCUGAUACCACGCGCUCUUCGACGUACCCUACUAGAAGAGUUACACAUCGGACACCAAGGCGUCAGCGCAAUGAGAGAAAAUGCAAAAAGACGAUUCUUCUGGCCACAAAUGAGCUCACACAUACAAAACCACAGGAGUCAAUGCACCCGAUGCAACCAAAUCGCUCCCUCAAAUCGCAAAGAUACACCGGAAGUCCCCGAUCCGCCGAUUUAUCCAUUCCAACAGACAGCUGCCGAUCUAUUUCACAUGGCAGGGCGUCUGUAUAUAGUCUACGCAGAUCGCUUCUCCGGUUGGCCAGAGGUAGCCUCAACCAAACCUGAUGCUACAGCUACCACGGUUGUAAACAUUCUUCGAAGAUAUUUCACAAAUUUUGGCGUCCCCGAAGGACUGUCAUCAGACGGGGGUCCGCCAUUUACAUCUCACGAGUUCGAAAACUUUCUACGAUCUUGGAACGUUUCACAUCGAGUAUCAUCUGUCGGCUACCCCCAAAGCAACGGACGAGCAGAAGCCGCAGUUAAGACUGUCAAACGAAUAUUAACGACCAAUAUUAGUCAAUCUGGGUCACUGGACACCGAUAAUGUCGCCAAAGCCCUUCUCCUGUACCGAAACACUCCAUCACCAGACAUGGGAGUCUCACCUUCUGAGCUCCUAUUUGGACGCCACAUCAGAGACCAUCUUCCAGCACCAAGACGUUUCCGGAAAGAAUGGAUUGACUUAGCCGAUAUUCGCGAGAACGCUUUUACGAGAAGACACCAACAUGCUUGCACGACAUCACAACGACAACUCCCUGUCUUGAAAGUUAGAGACACUUUUCCAUUCAGAACCAAACUGGUAACGCCCCGCUUCGAUGGGAAAAGACCGGGGUAA